AACAAUAAAAAGUAAUCAAUAUGUAUCCACUUGAUAACCUCGAAUACACAAUUGAUUCUAUUUACAAACAGCUGUUACAAAAGCUCACUGAAGAAAAUAAAAUUCACCAUGUCUCCCAACAAUUACUGGCUAUGGCAGAGAAUGAAGAGAGGGUCCUCUUUGUCUACAGUUUUCUCAGAGGUUAUGGACUCAUACCACUUUUGCUGAAAGUAAUGAAGUGUGAUUAUGUUUCCACACAUUACCGUAACCUUGGUAACCAAUGUUACCAAAGAGGAUCUCUCUAUGAAGCACUCCAGUAUUAUAACAUGGCUCUAUGCUUUGCUCCAGUCUUAUCUGAAAACUUUUCCUUGGCUAUGUCCAACAGAACUGCUGUGCUAGCAGCUUUAAAGAAAUAUAAAGAUUGUUUGACUGACAUCAAUUUAAUAUUUACUAUACAUUACCCUGAAAAGAUUAGAGAUAAGCUGUUGAAGAGGAAAAACCAGUGCAAAGAGGGCUUAAAUCUAAAUCCUGAGCCAGAUGAGGAAGAUGUGGACGAUCCAGAUUUUCUUGAGGUUCUGAAACUUAAUGGUCCUCGGCAUAAGAGUUACAUAAGUGCAAGCGCCAAACUGAGAGUGGAGUAUGAUCCUGAUAUUGGUAGACAUGUGAUUGCCAAUGAAGACAUCGCUGUCGGCGAAGUUAUUGUGCAAGAAGACCCCUAUAUUGGAAUGGUAAUGAAGAAUCAGUUGGCUUUGUGCUGUGGUUACUGCUUCAAAAGGAAGCUUACCCUGCGCCCGUGUCCAUACUGCUGCUUUACCAUGUAUUGCGACAAAGAAUGUGGAGAUAAGGCAUGGGAAGAGUACCAUAUGUAUGAAUGCCCAAUGAUAGCAACUUUGUUAAGGAUGAAUUUCAGCAAACUAGAAAUGCUAGCAUUGAGGAUUACAAUCAAAGCUAGGACUGAUCACCAAGACUGGGAAUGUGUGUUUGCCUCGGUGUUGGAUGCAGAAACACUUCUCUACACUAAUCACUGGGGACAUGUGAUUGUCGAUGGAAAUCAAGGAGAUAGGUGGGUGUACGACUCCCAAUAUUACAGCUCUAUCCAAACACUCUGCACAAAUGAUGAAAAGAGAGAUAUAUCAGAUAUAUUCCAGAAGAGUGUCAGUGCUGCAGUACUGUUGCAUUGCCUAGCUGUCGUUAACUUCAACAAGCUUGACGGUGGCGAUAUAUACAUGAAACAAAAGAUCAAGCGCUUUGCUGCAGGAACACUUUUGUUGCACAUGAUGACCGGUCCAACUAAUAUGCACAGCAUUACUGCUAAUGUUGAGAAUGAAAGCGGUAACUUUGUAGAUGAGUACAACUUAGGAAUCGCCCCUUAUGCUUUCCUGAGCUUGAUUAACCAUUCCUGCUCACCAAAUGUGGUGAGGUACUCCAAACUGGGCACUACUCGGAUGAGUCUGAUUGCACUUCGCCCUAUUAAGAAAGGGACUAUGAUUGUGGACAACUACGGGUACGACGAGGUGCCACGUGACGACGACAGGAUGGAUUCGACGGUGAUCACUGUGUGGGAGCCAAGCGAGCAAGCUGUAAGCGCUUGCAACGGACGGAACCAAAAAGCCCACCAUGCUAUCCACACUCGCGACGAGCGUCAAGCUAUACUGAAGUCUCAGUACAAGUUCCUCUGCGAGUGCGAGGCCUGCAUCAACGACUGGCCGCUGUACCAGAACCUGCCCGUGGUCCAGAACCUCCCAGAGGCCAUUGCCAAGAAGAAGAACGAGCUUCUGAGCAGCGAAGUCAUCGAGGCCUUGCAGAAGGGCGAUCACGACCGUGCCACUAAGCUGUACAAACCGCUGUGUGAGUUAGCUACAGAUUUAGAUCCUUAUAUGCCUUGCCAGGAGUUAGCUGAGUGCCAGGAGGCCAUGAAGCAGUGCCUGGCCAUCAUGAUGGGCGUGUUGCCUCAUGGCUUCACCAAGGUUGUUGACUGGGAGGUGCCCCCACCCCAAAUGCCGGGCGCGCCGGUCAUGUCCCGCUUCUAUACCGGGUACGGGGCACAGGAUUUGAAUUAAAUUCUUUUAUUUAGCUGGCCUAAAUACUUUUUUUUGUGACUACUGCUUUGCGUUUGAUUUUAUUUCUUUUUCUUGCGAAAAGCCAGCCAGCAAUGCGAUAAUUUUAAAAUUAAAUUUAGAUUCUCGUUUUUGCUUUUGCUGAAUUUGUUUUUCUGGGAUAAAUUGUGAAUUGACUAAGUGGCUGAUUAAAAGGCCAUUUUUUUUUCGUUUUUUAAUUUUUUUAUUAUUUUGUUUUACUGAUAAGGUCUUUAUUCACUUGGAAAUGCGGGAUGUUUCUUAUAUAUUUUUAUCUUUGUUUAUCGCACAAAAAACUUUGUUAUAUAAAAAUAUGGUUAGGUUCAAAACUGAUAUUAUGCUGUGAGCGACAAAAAUAUAUUUUGGUUAAGUUAAUACCCAUACCAUGUUUCUAGUCCACAAUAGUAUUUUUAGAGUAAGUUUAUUUAAACGUUGACUGGGUAUUUAUCGAAAUGAGAGAAAAUUGAAGACUUUUGAUAAUGACAGGGAUAUACUAUUAUGUGAACCCAAGAGCUUUGUCGGCCCUAGAGGGAGUUGGGGUCGAAAUCACAACACUUUCUGUUUUCUUUUUAAGUUAUAUGUCAGAAGUUAAACUUACCUAGUAAAUAGGUAGAUAUUUGAUGUGAUUAGGAUUCAAAUAUGACUACCAGUAGUUUAGUUAGUGUCUAAAUUCGCGAACUCUAUCGACAAUCAUUUUAUACACGAAACAAUGAAAAUGAAGUACAUAUGUUUAUGUAAAAGAUAUUGCGAAGCGACGACUCGUAGUUGUAGUUUUACGGCCAUCUUGUGAAUGCUAUGUAUGCUAUUGUCGAUAGAGGGCGCUAAUAAUAUUCUACCUUCUGAAAUCAAUUGUCUAGUAUGGCGGCGAAUAAAACCUUGGAACUAUGUAACUUGAAACAGAAUACAUUUCCUAAUAGAAUUGACGCUCGUAUUGAUUGUAAUUUCAGAAGCUAAUUAGUCUCCUAUAAUGUCUACUGACUUUUGAUGUCUAUAUUAUUGUGUGUAUUUUUCUAGACAUGUGCUAAUUAGUAGCCAUAUCUAUUUGCCAUAGUUAUAGUGUAGGAUUGCUGGAGACUUGCUAAGUUUGUUUUAUUGAUAUUAAUUUAUUAACUAUACUACAAAAAAUAUUUUGGUAAGCCUUUACUUUGUGAAUAUUGUCACAGAGGAUUUUUUUUCUGUUAACAAUUAUAUUUACAAGUCUUUUUCAUUUAAUUUGGUUCAAAUUAAAAAAUAUAUAUAGUCAUUUGCAUACCAUUGUAUGUUCACUAUUUUGCUUGUUUUGUAUAAAGAGAUGUAAGUUAGUAUUUACAAUACACCUACAGGUACCAAUAUAGCUGAUUGAUUUUCCAAUGCUCUAAGAAUUAAUAUAACACCGGUUUAAAAUUUAGAAUCUUAGGGAAUAACUCUCUAUAUAGAAAAUAUAAUCAUAUUGCAUUUAGAAGUAACUUAAUCGAUCAACUCUUUAUAGCUUUUCGUUUUUUUUUAAUUUGUGUUCGGUAUAUAAAAGUUAUAUUAUCAUUUGUGUGAUCUCCAGUAAUAGAAAAGUAUGUCUUAUAUAUUAGUAGUAAGUGUGUCUAUCGAAAAGCAUGAAAACAGGGUUUUUUAUAAUUUUUGAACGAUGAGGUUGUUUAUAAAGUGUGAUGUUUAGAAAUUGGUCUUCAGGUCUACGACACCUAUAAGGAUUUUUCAACAUCUUAACUUGCAAAGCUUUUGUUUCAAAACCAAAAAUUAAUGUGCCAUUUAAGAAUUUGUGCAACACGUAUAUCGGCAUCGGUUUUAACUGUAAGAGAUCAUUGCUAUACAUAACAUGCACGAGAGUUUUGUCCUGGCGACACCCAUUUUGAAUCAUAGACAAUACAAAAUGUCACUUGUCAAACUUUGACAGUUAACUGUAAUAUUCGCUAUGGUUUUGAGACCAAACUUUGUGGGUAAUUGAGUAGACCUGAGUGUUUGGUGCCUAAAUUUUUAUGGAAUGCUUAGAGAACAUCUUAGAUGUUGGGUGGUGGUGCUUACGUGAUGCGAAAUGACUAGUUGGUAUGGUUGACUUCUCCUGGUACUUACAUUGUCCCUGCCCAGCUUUGCCAUGGGCUUGUUAGUUUGAGUGUGAAGUCUUUGACAAUUAAUUGUCAUGGUUAUUCUUAUUUCAUUCAGGUCAUUUUAUUAUGAUUGCCAGCUUAUACUCGUCUCACUGUGGUCACAGGCCUCUUCCCAUAUGCGGAAGGUUUAAAGUAUAUUGUAUAACUCAAAAAAGGGGUAUCGGCCAUUUUACCUAAAUGAUUAGACGGGCUUUGCGACUUCAAUGCCUGACUGUACUGCAAACUUAUGGAUACAGCUGCUGCAUUUCUAGAAUAUGGUCAAUAAAUAAGUACCUACUAUAUAUCUAUCUCUAAAAAAAUAGCAGGAAGUAGGUACCAGGAGCUGGAAGUAAUGAAUGGAAAAGAAUGAACGAAGAAAUGAAGGGAAUUGAAAUCGAAGACGGGUUUUUUUUCUUUACCUGUAGUUCUGCCUGUAUUAAAUAAGGUAACACAUGCAUAAUUAAUCAUUUAAUCAUAGACUUUAAAAUUUUGUCUUUUAAACAGUAGGUAAGUGUCAACAAUAUAAACUUGAUUGUCUACGAUAUAUCAUUGUCUUUUCAGAUCUAAUUGUUGAAUGUUAGUAAUUAAUUGAUAUUGUAGGUUAAGAGAACACCAUGUAUGUUGUUCUAGAAGAGUAUUUGACUUCUUCAAAUGUUAAAAUUGUUCGAACAAAAUGGCGGUUAUACAUAACCUAUUACAUGGAGUUAUGUUUUUUACAAGCUUUAAUAACAAGGUUUUUCGGAAGUUUUACAGCUUAAGUGACUUAACAGUAAUCUCGCUAUCAGUUAUUGUUUAAAAACAAUGUUCCUUUUUGUACUUAUUAGAUUUAUGUAACGUUUAUAAUUUAUUAUCUAGUUAUUUUAUUGUAAGCAAAAUUUUUAUAUUAGCUAACUUAGUUAAGUCACUUUUACUAACAAUUAUUUAAUAGUUUUGGACUUUAAUACGUUUUAUUUUGCUGUAAUUUAGUAAUAGACAUUCUAUAUUGACAUUGUUUUGUAUUUUUUUUCUGAAGUAGUCUAUUACUCUUGUCGUUAGUCGUGUCUUACACCUGACACUUAGUUUUUAGUAUAUUUAAGUACUAUUAAUAUGGUAAGCCCAGUACUAUUAAUAUGGUAAGCCCAUUCUCGCAUUCACAGGUUUAGUUCCAUCUACAAUAAAAACUGCAUAAACAAGACUUAAAUGAAAAAUAAUCAUCUUUGAAAAUGUUCUUUAACAGGGGCCUAGGCAAUAUCAUGUCACAUUGUAUCGAAAACAAUUUAAAAAGUCCGAGUAUCUUUUUUGACAAGUCAACAGUUAAGAUUUUAUAAAUUAUAUAUAUUCAGGGUUUGGGCUCGGAGAAAUGAAACUUGUCCGUAGAAGACCUUCUACGACUUUUAAAACUAAUGCAGUUGUUGAAGAGCGACACCGAUAGAUGUCGGUAGUGCGCUGACACGGUUUCACAACUGCAAUUAUAUCAAUAACCAUAUGACGUCACUAGUCACUACACGACACUGGCAGAAGUUCACAAGAGCUGGUUGCCAUAAAAAAGGUAUAUGACGAGACCUAGUGAAACAGUAAUGGUUCUAAACUGUGAAUUGAGACUACAUAACGUAGUGUAGGAAUGUCUACUAUUUUGUAUGUUUACUCUACUUUCUGAUUAAAAUAAUAUGUGUGGAAUA